AUGGUUAAUUUCUAGUAGUCUUACCCACGUGUGUUUAGAUUUUCAUUUGUGCUGUGUAGUUGUUAGGUUUAGUGUAGAUUCUUAACAUUAUGAAGAUGGAGUCUAAUGGACCAAACUCACCUACGAACGGAACGGAGGAAAUUCCCAACGAUCCAGGGAAGAUGUUUAUAGGAGGCUUAAGCUGGCAGACGACUGCAGAAAAGCUAAAGGAGCAUUUUGGAGACUAUGGUGAAAUUAAAGAAGCUAUGGUUAUGAAGGAUCCUACUACAAAGCGCUCAAGGGGGUUUGGUUUUGUAACCUACAAAGAUCCUGUUAGUGUAGACAAAUGUUUAGAAAACGGACCUCAUAUAUUGGAUGGGAAACAGGUGGACCCCAAAGUUGCGUUUCCCAGGAAAGCACAGCCAAAGAUGGUCACGAAAACCAAAAAGAUAUUUGUUGGUGGGUUGUCCGCACAGACAACGGUCGAAGACGUGAAAAAGUACUUCUCAACGUUCGGAAAGAUUGAGGAUGCCAUGUUGAUGUUCGACAAAACUACAAACCGGCACAGAGGUUUUGGUUUUGUCACAUUCGAAGAUGAAGAGACAGUGGAGCGAGUUUGUGAACUACAUUUCCAUGAGAUCAACAAGAAAAUGGUUGAGUGUAAGAAAGCACAGCCCAAAGAAGUGAUGUUGCCGCAGCAGCUAGCCCGUGGUCGUGGCAUCGCACGAGUUACCGAAGAAGGUGAAAUUAUCUGGGAACCUCUCCCAAACGACAUGGUUAUGCCUGAACUAUGCUUGGUGCCAACUCCCAUGCCACAAUAUCAGCAUGCUUACGGUCGAGGACUGCAGCCAGCCUUCGCCCCUGCCGGCUACUACUACCCAGCUGGCCUGGGUUCGGCAACUGCGUCAAUCAGUCUAAGCCCUGUUCAAAAUGCAGCCCUGGCCCUGGGCUCGCGGGCAACAGCUCUGUCACGCAUGCCGGGCUUCCCUGGUUACGGCUUGAUUCCUAAUGAAAGACAUCAGUCCCCAACUGCUCUGUAUAACUUUGCCGAUGUGACCACUGGCGUUCCCACUAUCGCCAGAAGCGAGCCGUCCCCAAUGCCGGUGACUAGCUCUCCGCUACAACGAUGCAAUGACACCCAGGCACUGCUAACGGCCCAAUCCCAGGCCCAUGCUCUUGUUAACGCGCAAAGAUCAGCCAUGACGCUGGCCUCGCUCCAGCAAGCUCCGCAAGCUACCUCCCCGAUCCAGAGCCGCCAGAUGAUGGGCGCGAGCAGCCCCGGACCCCUGGAUCAGCUGAUGUCCAUGCAGGAUCAUCUCUCGUACCUGCAAGCUACGAGCCCGCAGCCCGCAGGCUUCUCUGGACUAAACUUCGGCAGGCCAACGCAGCUGGUGAGCUUCCAGAACGGAUACCACUAGAGGAAGCACUGCAUUUAGACAGGCUGCACACUGUACCAGAGGGUAGAGAAGGGAAUACGACUUGCUUACAUCGUGUCCCCAAUGCCAGAAAAUGGAAAAUACAUGGUGAUCUCCCCUAUACCAGAAAAUAGAACAGCCUGAUCUUAGAUUGGAAAGUAGAUGGAAAGUUACCAUGUUUACACAUGAUGUGUAUACAAUUAAUUGAGUGUACUACAUGACUUGACCAAUGAGUCUCAUUAUUGAACGUUAUGUGUACUGUAUCAUAUUAUUAUUCAGCCACCAUUUUGUGGUGAUUUGUUAUUGACUUAUUGCAUAUAACUUGACUCUUGUUCUUUAGUAUGGUUUGUUUCCAAAAAGUUGUACUAAAUAUAGUCGACAGAGAAAGUGUGAUUUCUUGGUUGUGAAUGUUUUGAAGGGAGGGUUUUGAAGGUUUUAGUAUGAAUGCUGUUUUUGAUUAAUGGUAAUUACCCUGGUGAUAUGUGUUUAACGGCAUGAACUAUAUUACCACAUGACAUGAACAUGACAGGAAAUGACUUGUUGAAAUAUUUUUGUUUGUGAUUUUUAUCAAUUUUAUUUUUUAACUGGUAUGAUACUUAUAUUUUUGACCACUUUUUCUCAAGUAUUGUUAUAUUUUUGAAACUUUAAAAGCUUUUAUGUAGCAUAAGUAGGUUUAUUUUCCAUCUCAAAGUUCAUUCAAGUGAUUGUAAACUGAUACAAAUGGCUUCCCUCAGGACGAAAAUGUACUUCCAAUUUUGGUUACGUUGUCAGAAAUUUUUUCGACAACAGUGAAAGUUUAAAGCAAUAACUUUGUAUAUACAUGUAUCUAAACCACAUGUAUACUUAUAAACUGCUGACUCACUUGAUGAACUUUGUGAUGAAUAUUUUCUUUUAUUUUAGCUGUAUAUAGAUAGUCAUGUAGGACCAAUUUCGUUUUUUUUCUUAUAUUUUAUCAAAGAAAGGGCUGUACUUUUUUGGAAAUAUAUUUUAUGUUUUAUUCAACCAUUAUGCAAGCUUUUUUAUUUUAGACGCUAUGUGAUACAGUCCCUUAUGCCAUUGUCAUGUUACCUCCUUUUUUCGGAUGAGUCCCAGGAAAGAUAUUUUGAAAUGUGUAACUGUUGAGUGCUUCCCCUUGGAAUGUUAAAAGGGAGGUAACUUCACUGAUAAAUCAUACUUCCAUAUAUCAUGAUGUACCGUGCAUCUUUUUUCCCCAUUAAGAUUGACUGUGUAUUUUUCCAUUUCAUAUAUUUUUCAUCCAUCUUCAUCAUUGGUAUAUAUACUUUUUAAACUAGUGUUCCUACAAUAUGUUCAUAGCCGACGGAAAUGGUUCCAAAAUGAUAGUAAAUGGAAAAAAUAUAUGUUAAAUAUUUGGGCAUUCUUUCAAUGUUUUAGAAAUGGUUGUAUCUAAAUGUGAUUAUUUUAUAAUCUGUAAGUGUUUCUGGGGGGAAAUGGAAUCAUUUCAUGGUUUGGCAUUCAAAAGCCUAGUCUUUGGAGAGAGCAUUUAUUCUUCUGAACUCAUCACAGACUUUCGAUAGUGCUGCGUAAACAUCUAACUGUUGUAAAACAAGAGGUGCUAAAAAACACAUUGUGCAAAAAUUUAGAAUUAGAAACAUACAGUCUUGAUGUAUUGAUGUGGUGUUUUAACAGUUAAGGAGUGGAAACGAGAAGGUUCUAACUGCUUUGUUUUGUAAUAACACUUAAAACCUUUUCGCUUUUAUGCCCUUGCAAUGUAUUCACUCACAAGUUUUAUAGAAUAGGUUAACACGAUCUUUCUAAAUGGCAUUUGUUUAUGUUUAGAGUAGGAUCAUUUUUCGUUAAAAAAUGAAAGGAGUGCUAAUCUGAUCCAACUACGCAUCACUUUAUGAGACAUCUAUUUUUCAAUAAUUUUAAAUCAAAUUACGGCACAUUUUUGAUACGCAAUUAUGUAAUUAACUGUUGUAGCUACCACUUUACAAUACAAUUACCAUAAUUCUUAAAAUAAAUUUAUGCAUCCAUUAUGAAUAUAAAUUUGAUACUUGAAUUUAUUUCUGUGAAAGGCCAUAUGAUCAAAUAUAUAAAUUGAUAUUUCUAUGUUGACCAUUAUUUGGGUGUUAGUAGCUCUUGUCUUUAUUUAAAUACAUAUGAAGAUUAUGUUUCCAGCUGAACAGUGUUGAAUUCUUAUGGAAAAUGAUUGGACAAUGAAUCUAAAUUUAUCGUUUAUAGAAUGUGUGUUUUCAAUGAUAAAAUUUCCUGAAUGGUUUUUUAUCACAACGUGUUAGUUUGUUUGUUAGUGCACACUCGCUCUGGUUUAAUAUAAGACCUUUACAGAUAUUGCCAAUUUUAAUGAAAUUAUUGGUCGAGUUAUAUCCAUUAAAACUUGUUUAUGAAGCAACUAAAAACAAAAUUUUGUGCGUUUUGGAUGAACUGCUGUAUAUGACUUUGAGGUAAACAUGGUAUAUUAAAAUAACCUGUCUUGACAUCAUUCUAUAUUUUCCAUGUCAUUUGAUCAAUUUUCAUUCGCCAACUAUUUAUUGAUAUGCAUGUAUUCCUUAAACCAUUUUCUCAUUUUCAUGAUAUUUUUUUUUUAGAUUUUUAAACUUAUUUAUUUGUGCGUUUUUAAGGAGAUGAAAUCGGGUAUUUUAAUGUUAAUAUAUCAGCAAUAACCAUAUAGUGUAUAAUUAGACCCUUGUUAUAUAGACACAUUAUUUAGUUUUAGUGGAUCAGAACGUGUUGCUGGAAUUUACCCCACCCACUUAAAACGAUGUGUUCAAAUUUAGUGAAAAUAGGAAAAGUUGUUAAAUUCAAAUGUGUUCUCUUAUGAUAUUUGUUUGUUAUUUGGGAGAAACUCUGUGUUUAAUAGUAUAAGCAGAAUAUCGUAUAUGUAGUCUCUUGCUGAAUAUCUACGUUAUCCAGUAAAUGAGUAGCAGAAAUUUUAACCAUUAUUCAUUAUUAGUUUCUAAAACAGUCCUAAUUGGUCAUUUAUUUAGCCUGUGUUUUUGGAAAGUAAAUUAAUAUUUAGUGUUUGGUACAUUUGUGCAGAAAUCAUCAUUUCGGCCUUUUUGUUUUGAUUUGUGUGGUUUUGCUUUUACAACAUAGUUUUGGGUCCAUAUUCAAUACAUACUGAGAUUUAACUUAAAUUUAAGACCAGAAUCUAAGUGUUUUGAUUGGACAGUAAAAAAGUCAACAAAUAGACUCAAUAUAAUCCCUGAGCCAUGUCUACAAAUAAAGAUAAGAAUAAUAUUGAAUAUGGACCCUGGGGUGGUAUUCAAUGUUCAACUUAAGUUAAUCUUAUGGUCAUACAUCAUUGACUUCUUUCACUCUAUUGCUCAGAUAUUAAUAAGUAAUCCGAUUAGCUACAUCGUUCUUAGAUCCAAUUAAGACAAAUAUUGAAUACCAGCCCUGGACUUAAAAAGAAAUCGAAAAAGAAAAGAAAAAUGUGGAAAAGAAAAGAAAAAUAAUUAUUGUCUUGAUCUGUGAGGAUGUACCUUCAAAUUAAUGUUUUGUGAAAAGCAAUAAAAUAGUGUUCAAACUAUUUGUUCUAACAUUUGGGCUAGAUUUUAAUAUAGGUUGUUUGCCUAACAAAACUUGUGGGUGGGGUAAGUUUACUCCAACAUGUUAAUAGGGUAGCAUACAGCUGAAUUCACCAAAAAAAUAACUUUACACCGUCUUUGCUUUUGUGUUAUAUUUGUUAAUAGUUGUUAUCAAUAUUCUGUUACCUUUAUAAAAUAACUAGGACAAAUUCAAAUGCGAUGCAUCAUUGUAUAUUGAAUGUUCAAUUUAAUAUUCUAAUGUUUUAAGUGUGAGUAAAGACUUAUCAAUGGUAGAAGACAAUAUAUUGUUAUAAAGUUGAAAAAAUUAUGACUGUUAUUAUGUGGACAUAAAAUUUAAUGUAAUAGGGUCUAUGGUGAAAAUUUCUAUUAAAUGGCAUGUUAAAGUUUAUGCACUUUAAUUAUACUGUUGAAUGCUGGCGGAUCACUCUCUUCAUUACAUCUGGCAUGUAAAUAAAGAUUUACAGCUCUAUCUGGUAAAUGGACGUAUUCUCUGUUCUUGUUAUUUUAUAACAUUAUUUUUGAAUGUUUAAACUUGAAGUCAGGAAAGAAGGGGUACGAUAAAAGUUACGAAAAAAGUUGUUAAAAAAAUAGAAUCUUUUUCUUUCUUUUUUAACUUACAUAAUUAAAAAAAUGUUUUUUAUAAAACUGAAACAAAAAGCUAAUAUUUUUCAUUAUUGCCCUCUUUCCUGUUUUGAAGGAAAUUUACAUAUAUAAAUGAUCUGAGACAUUGAUAUUUUGUUGAUGUUACUUAUGUGAUGUGAUUAUUGUGUAGAGUGUUUCAUGGUUAACCUCCAUUAAAGAUUUUAAUGGGAUGGCUCCUAUGUAUUUGGAUAAAAACUUGCGUACAAAUUUGAUAUUUGUACAUGUUUAGAUGUUUGGCUUUUUUCGAAAAAGGGAAGAAAAACAACGUUUGAUUCCAAAGUCUGGUUGGUGUAUAUAGUUUGUUUUGUGUUUUUGAAUCACUCUUACAUUUCCCAAAGCAACUUACCAAAUAUGGAGUGCUAAUUGUUGAUAAACACUUACUUUUAAAAAGACUGUUAUUACACUAAUUUACAAUUCAUUUGUUCGCAAUUUCAGCAUGUGCUUUUGCAUAUUUUUUACGCAAAUAUAUAACGAAAAUACACUUCAGCAAGCUUUAUAAUUUACAUGUAUUUUUAUCCACCCCACCCUCUUAAAUUACUGACACCAUUGUAUUUUUAAUAUGUAUAUUAACAUUUUCGUUUUAAAGUAAAUGUCUCAUUGCUGUAAAUUACGAGAUAAUUGUAUAAUUGUUCAUUCGUAUUUUUUUUUUUGUAAGGUGAACAUAUCAAUGUGUAUUCUCGCCACAGGUUUCCAAGAAUGUUAUGUACUUGUAGUUUAGCAUAGCAAAUUAAGAGCAACUUUAAAUAUUAAAAAAAGAGUCUUUUUUUUGUAUCACUGACUUAGGGUAAAACACGACAGUGUUUGUUGGUUGUACAACAAAUUAGUGUAGAGAGCACUGUUCUUGUUUUUACUGUUAUGGUUAAACUUGUCAAUAAAAAGGAACAUAUUUGGAAUUGAUUUUUACUAACAGAAAUCAAAACAGAUUCAAAUUUCCAUGUGACAUUUACAAACAAACAAAAAAUCCAAAAUUAGAUCAGUCCUUAAUGAUUUAAAGGGGCAAAUGCAAAUCAUAAAAAACAUCUUUAAUUUUAAUGCAUUAUUAUGCAAAUCCAUUAUUUAAGAAGCAAAAAAAUGAUAAGCGAUAUUUUGGCGAUUUUUUAACUGCGAAAUUUUUGGCCAAGUAACCAUUAAUUAAAAAAACACAUUCAUAAUAACUUAAAAUAUAUUUUAACUCCACACUUAUCAUAUGCUUUUGGGGGUUUAAGUCAAGUGAGUUAAACAUAACAAUGCAUUAAAAUAAAUAAAUAUAUUUGCAUCACCUAUAUUGUGCCCGGCUGUUAUAUCUUGAAUGUUGUUCCUAAUUUGCCUUCUGUGUUUGUGAGCUAUCUACUUAGUAUUAAUUAACAUCAGCUAUUCCAUAGAGCUUAUCAAAUUAUAUCCAAAUUAUUCGUAGAUUUAUAGUUAUUAAUGCAUUUAGAUCUAGAGCUUACUUAUCGAAUGCAAGAUUUGUAAAUAAUUCUAAAGUCUAAAUUAUUUUUGUAAAUAAUUUAUUUAUUUAAAUUGUUUUUUAUAUCCACAUUUGAAUUUAUUAUCGGUUAUUUCUUGGAAACUUGUGGCUAUCAUCUCAUUUUAUAUAGAUAAUUGUAAAUGUUAUAUAAAAUUACCAGAAAUGCAGUUGUUUUAAUACUUCAAAGGUGAUAACUUAUUGUUUUAGACUAGCAAUAAUAAGUUUCCACAUGCUAUAUAUAUACAUACAUAUAUAUCGUAGCAUGCAUAUGCAAAAACCAGUAUGUUAUUUUUUUAGUAGACUAGGAUAAGAAAUGGUGUAAAUUGGAACACAGCAAAUCUUUUAAACGAUACCUUGGACUAUUAGUCCUGGAAGACGAGCAUUGUCAGGCAUUUACAGUAGUAGAGAGAAAAUGGCGGUCAGCUAGUUCCUAUUUUCACCAAUUCUUUUUAUGUUAAGACGCCAUGGAUAGUAACAUUUUCUCAUGUGCCAAAGUGUCCAUGGUGAUAUAUAUACGUGUAUUGCAUUGAUCACGUGAUAUCCAAAAUCACGUGGUCAUGUAGUCAUGUGAUAAUUCAGGUAAGAACAAAUUAACCAAUAGCUGACGUUCUGUGUUUGAAAUCGUUGUAUAGCAUUUUAUAAGAAUUCGUCAGUAUAUAGCUGAUCUCAUUAGAGAUAACAUAUUGCUUCUGUGUGCAGUGUAAUUGCGCACUAUUUCAAACUUAACGUUCUAUCAAAGAAACGAAAUUUGUGUAUCAGUGUUAUACAAAGCUUGUACGUUUACACUUUACAGGAAUACUUGUCUCAACGUAUAGAAACCGUAAUUUGUUAACUGGGUUACAUGUUAUUGUACAUUUUCAAUAAUUUUACUCUGAAUAAAACGUUUGAACUGGU